AUGUCAGCCACGUCAGCCCUGUGCAGAACGGCCAAGGGUGCGGGACCCAAUAUGCCAGUGCCAAGCCCUUUGCUCCUUGCUGAAGAGCGGGCACUUGGUUCGGCAAUGCCCCUUGAAAUUGGACGACUUCUUUCACCCCCACGGUUCACGACACCCGAUUGCGACAAGCAAUAUGACAGUUGA